AUGUUUUUUCGGCCUCACGUUCGGUGCCCGCAGGGCCGCAAUGUUCGCGGCGUGGUGGAAACGUUUACAUUCUCCGUUGGAAUGAAGACGACGGAGCCCGCAGGAGAAGAAGAAGAAGACGGCGAAGAAGAAGAAGGAGGGUUCGACACUGUUUCUUCUUCGUCGUCGUCGUCGCGGCCCCGCGGACCCGAGAACAGUGGAGAGAAAGAAGGGAGAGCCGAAGCAAAAGGGGGGUCUUGUCGCCCCCCACUCUUCCACAUCCCUCUCUCUCGCCCGCUCUCUCUUUGUCGCUUUUUGUGUGCACGGCUCCCGCUCUUUCCACCCCAAAAAGACAAUAAGCGGGGCGAGCGGGCCGACGUUCGGACAGUGCCGGAUCAGCUGACUGGGGCGGGUUCCAUCGAUGGGCAAACGGAAUAUCGAUUCGAGCGGAAUGCGGAAAGGUCUUCGAAUUUUUGA